AUGGCACAGCCGUUGUCUUUGCAGGAGAAGCAGUUCAUUGCCCAGCUGGAAGAUCAGCUGCAGGCUGAGACAGAGGAGAUGGAGGUUGGGACCUGGAGGGCAACUGCAGCGGGCACGGGCACUCACGCUUUUGUCUGCCAGGUGCUGCGCCAGGAAAGACAGCGCCUGCAAGAGGAGCGGGAGGAGCUGGAGCUGGAGGGUGCCUGGCAGCAGCAUCAGCUGGAGCUGGAGGCAGCCCACGUGCCUGGGGCUGUGCUGCCGGAGCUGGUGGAGGCAGAGCUGGAGAAGGCUGAGCGGGCGAGGAGACGUGGGCUCGCCUUCUGGAUGAAGAUGAUCUGCCUCAUCUUUGUCAGCCUCCUGCUGCUGCUCGUUGCCGUGCUGGGCUCUGCAGUGCUGUACGCCCAGAACUAUGACCAGGAGCUGUUGUAUCGGCUCCUGCUGCGAGUGCUGCCCCAGGCAAUGUACGCUUCCCCGGCGUACUUUGCGAGCAGGAGCCUGCGUGUGGUCUGUGAUGGGCUGCUGCCCAUCUGACCGCCCCUCUCAGUCCCCCCUCCCAGCUCGGGGCUGCGCGGUGGGGCGCGGGGAGAGGGCUCUGUCCCCACGGAAGGGGCCUCUCCUGUGCUCCUGCCCCCAGGGGCGCACAGGCACAGCUGUGGGGCAGUGCCGGCAGGCGGCUGAGUGCCACCACUUUGGACUUACAAAU